AUGUCUGCUGAAGGAACAGAAUGGGAAAUGCUGCAGUUUGAAGAGGAAGUCCUAGUGGGGAGUCAACAGGAUGAGGUGCUACCAUCCCAAAGAGGGAGGCUACAAGAGGAUAUUCCACAGUCCCGACGGAGCAGCCAAAAGAGUGGAGCCCCAGAGCCAGAGAUGCACAGAUCCCAGCGGGGCAGCCAACAGGUGGAGGUACCACAGUCUAAGCAAGGCAGCCAAGAGGCAGAGGUGCUAGAGUCCCAAUGGGGCAGCCAACAGGCAGAGAUUCCACAGUCCAGACGGGGCAGCCAACAGGCAGAGAUUCCACAGUCCAGACGGGGCAGCCAACAGGCAGAGAUUCCACAGUCCAGACGGGGCAGCCAACAGGCAGAGAUUCCACAGUCCAGACGGGGCAGCCAACAGGCAGAGAUUCCACAGUCCAGACGGGGCAGCCAACAGGCAGAGAUUCCACAGUCCAGACGGGGCAGCCAACAGGCAGAGAUUCCACAGUCCAGACGGGGCAGCCAACAGGGAGAGGGGCACGAGUCCAGAUGGGGCAGCCAACAGGGAGAGGGGCACGAGUCCAGACGGGGCAGCCAACAGGGAGAGGGGCACGAGUCCAGACGGGGCAGCCAACAGGCAGAGGGGCACGAGUCCAGACGGGGCAGCCAACAGGCAGAGGUGCCACAGUCUAGACGGGGCAGCCAACAGGCAGAGGUGCCACAGUCUAGACGGGGUAGCCAACAGGCAGAGGGGCACGAGUCCCGACGGGGCAGCCAGCAGGCAGAGGUGCCACGGUCUAGACAAGGCAGCCAACAGACAGAGGUGCAAGAGUCCAGAGGGGGCAGCCAACAGGCAGAGAUUCUACAAUCUAGACGGGGCAGCCAACAGGCAGAGGUGCACGAGUCCCGACAGGGCAGCCAACAGGCAGAGGUGCCACAGUCUAGACGAGGCAGCCAACAGGCAGAGGUGCAAGAGUCCAGAGGGGGCAGCCAGCAGGCGGAGGUGGAUGGUUCCCAAUGGGACAGCCAGCAGGCAGAGGUGCCACAGUCUAGAAAAGGCAGCCAACAAGCAGAGGUGCCUGGGUUCCAACAGAGCCGCCAACAGCCACAGUCCCGGCAGGCUAGCCAACAGGCAGAGGUGGUAGAAUCCCAACAGGGCAGCACUCUGGAUACGGAAACGCAGGAACCAUUAGGAAACCAAAUCCAGCAGCCUGGGGAGUCUGAAAGCAAAGGUACACUGGAGAGCUUAUCAUCAUUAUAUACAGAGGGGGAAGAUGAAGCUCAACAGACAUAUAGCAUAAUUUCUCUAGAAGAUGGAAUCUGGCUGAACAGAAAAACUGGUAAAUUGCUGAGAAGUUACAGUCAGCAGACAAAUAUGAGCUCACUUUGUGCUGUUAGUGGAAGAGCCCCAGAAGACUGCAGAGAUACAGUAGGAAGCCCAAAGCCCACCCAAUCUGAUUUGGAACAACCUGAAGGAAAAUCAGGUCAAGAAUCCCGCCACAGCAGUCAGCCACCUCAAGGUUAUGAAUCAAGCAUCAGCAUUGUGCAGCCUUGGGAAGAACUGCAGGACAUUAGUGAGAAAGUGCUAAGUAACCACUUGAGCGCGACUACACUGCUGAGCGUAGAUACGUAUGUUGAUGUGGAGUACGAGUCAUUGCUGAGUUACAGUGUUGUUUCUGUGCCCGAAGGAAGUUGGGUCAAUAUGAAAACUGGCAAGCUGUUGGCAUCUCAUACUCAGCAGACAGACGAGUCUUCCAUUAAUAAGCUUGAAGAAACAGAUCAAGCAACCCAGCGGCGCUCCAGCUAUUCACCUGAGCUGAGUUGUUAUGACCUAAGUGAUAGACAUAUCAGUGAAGGUUCACAGCCCACCUACCGUAGUGACGAACCGUAUGAAGAACCUGAAGUGCCAGAUGGAUAG